AUGGUAAACCUGGAAGUGGUGGAUCCUAUCUCCCUGAUAUCAUAUUUGUGGAAUGACAUUGGGAUCUCUAUUCCGGAAAAGGAUGUUCAGCAGUACUGGCGGCAUCACCGCCAAUUUGGCGCCAAGUGGGCGCUCCAUUCACAGGCGACUGAAGAAACUGUGCCGCUUGGGCUGUACGGUGACAGCGUGAAAGUGAGAUCAACCUAUCAAGGUGUUGAAAAAAUGGUGGGCAUCUUUUUGUCUUGUCCGCUAUUUAGGCCGCGAAGCUGUCGCUGCAGUCGGUGGUUACUUUUUGCUUGCCAAGAAGAACUUCUUUACAAACAUCACACGCUGGACUGUGUCUACAUGUACUUGGUUUGGAAUCUAAACCAGCUCUUCAAUGGGAAAUAUCCUAGACACGGAUUCAACGGUGCACCCUUGUCCGUGCAGGGGGCAGCGAGGGCAGGAGACUGGGUCUGUAAUUCUCACAGGUGUUUCCAAGUGACGGAAAUCAGAGGGGACUGGGCCUGGCAUAAGAUGAUAUUUCGUUUCAAUAGCAGCUGGAAAGCUGGGUCGAACAUGCCAGUGUGUUUCAAAUGCAGGGCUUACGGAACUGGACCUACUCAGUCUUUGUACUACAACAUUGAAGAAAAUUCACCAUGUUGGCAAACAGAAUACGCCAACGUUGCAGACUUCAUUGCGGAACAGUGCCCGCCCAGUCCAUGUCCCUUGGUGUUCCUCAAGUACUUCCACCAAGAUCUGAUCAAGUGGUGCAGCAUGCACACCCUCAACUUGGGACUUUGCUAUUCUACAAACGGUGGGGCUUUGAUGAUGCUGAUUGAGAAAUCCUAUUUUGCAAGCUAUCAAAAUGAGAACCUUCAAGACAUUCUGGACAUAGUUUAUGCUCGGUUCAGAGGUUUUUGCAAAUCUAUGCGCAUCACCUGCAGCCAGCCUCCCUUCACGGUCAAGUUCGUGCUGAAAUCUUUGGAUGAACCGAUGAUGACCGCCAAAGCUUACUGCGGACGAGUGAUCACUGAAUGGCUUUCUCAUGAGCUUGUGCUUGCUACCCGGGGUCUGUUGAGAGGGGACCUUGAAACCCGUUGGGUUUGCGUGACUGUGAUACUCGCUGAUACAAGACUUACACUGGAGUUUGCAAACGCUAGGCUGAUUAAACAAGUUGAAUUUUGCGGACUUACGAUGUUCACUGCAUGA